GCUCCGACAGUCACGCCGCUUUUCACCACCCCCAUCACACAUCCGUGACCAAUCGCCCAUCUCGGCUUGCCAAAGGCGAAGGAGCUGAUUCUGUUGCCUUGACCGGGAAGACAGAGCCAGCGAUGACUUCGUCUAAUGCCGGCCAGAAUGGCCAGGCGCCCGAUAUCCCCAAGACGCCAUUACCGCCUAAACCUGUUACUAUCACGAACACGAACACCGCGACGACAACAACUACCAACACCGCCGGCACGGCCAAGAUUGGGAGAGAUCCUACCGUAGACACGACAACGGCAAAGGCGACGAACCCCCCUGGAUCCAUCAAAGACACUACAGCUGUGGCAGCAACAACCACAACGACCGACGAGCCAUCUACCACGGCGACCACAGAUACUACUACUGCUCCCACUUCUGCGGCAUCUACUGCUGCUGGUGCUGGUGCUGGAGCUGGUGCUGGAGCUGGUGGUGGUGAUGGUGCUGGUGGUAGCCCUACUCCCAUUCUGACUCCUACAGCCCAUGCUCCUCCUCCCUCUGCUCCUGCUAAUGCCACCGCCACUACUACCGUCGAUUCCUCGAACGAUGGCCCAUCCCCUCGAGGUCACUCCCAUGUGGCAUCACAUAACCCUGAGCCUUCGCAUCCUCCUCGACAUGAUGCAGAGGGACCGGAGCAUGGGACCACUGUGAUGAAUGGGCCAAACAUGGAUGCAAUGGACGUCGAAAUGGUUGACGUCAAUGUUGGCACUCUUCCGGAGCAAGACCAACAACAACAACAUCAACACCAGCCGCAGCCGCAGCAGCAGCAGCAGCAGCAACAGCAACAGCCGGAUGACAUGGAGCUAUCGCAACCGCCCGGCGCGCAAACCCCCGUUACCCACCAUGACCCCUUCGAUAUGCCCUUCCCACGCACCCCCAUCAACCCCAUGGACUCCAACGCCUUCAUGGCCAUGGCUCUUGCUCGCAUGGCCGGUGAUCAAAUGUUGCACCAUCAUUUGGCUCAGCCACCCUCCACCGUUACGCCUUCCCAAGUCACCCUCCCUAACCCAAUACCCAACGGCAGUGGUCCCCAUACUAUGCCCACCAUCGCCGAGCACACCAGCCAAAACCACGUCGACCCCGCAAGCGAAGCCCUCGAGUCUUUUGCCCGCAUCGAAUUCGCCGAUAGCGUUUUCCAGAUGACCACCUACGCCGUCAUCAUCGGUCGCGACCAGCGUGCAAUGGAACAGGCGCGCCGAGAUGAGAGACGUGCCGAGGAAUACCGAAAACGAGCCGAGGAAAACGCAAGACUAGGCUUGCCUCCACCGUCGCCUAUCCGCCAAGAUGUGAACAAGUUCAGUAAGUCCUAUGUCAGCGAGGAAGGAGGCAUGCUUGGUCCCGAGUCCGAUAGCGACGAGACCGGCCGACCCAGGAAGAAGCGGAAGACUAGCACCAACGGAUCCUCGCAGCAACAGCAACAGGACGCAGACGCGGCUCAAGAAAACCUCAUCUCCAAUCGACAGUACAUCUCCCACACCCCCGGCGCCGCCGCCGUCGACCUUGCCUCUCUGCGCCCUUCUCCAUAUCAUGUGCCCAUCAUCGGCAUCCACUCACCCGGCCCGGAUAUCGCGAGCAAAACGAAGGCCAUCUCGAGAGAGCACAUGCGCAUCCAGUUUAACAAAGAAAAAGGCGUCUUCGAAGGCAUUCCCCUGCAUAAGAACGGGUUCUUUGUCGGCGAUGUUCUGCACAAGGAAGGCCUAGUCAUUCUUCGAAGUGGCGAUCAUCUGCAGAUCAAGGACGUCGAUUUCCGCUUCAUCAUCAACGGCGUACCGGAAGGGAAGACGGGCGCCGAGGACGAGGCUGAGGAGGAGGCACGCCCGAAGAACCGAUAUUCCGAGGGUGGAAAGGAGAUGAGCUUGGAGUUCGAAGCAGCCCACGGGAACGGAAACAUGCACGACACAAGCGAUUCAUCGUCGUUGCUGAGCCCUCCCGCCCCCUCCGAUGACGAGGAGUCUUUCGAGAUGAGCCCCAGACCGCUUGGAGAGACCGGUGCCGGUGCCGGUGCCGGUGCCGAUACGGGUGCAGGCCCUGCUGGAGGUUAUGGUGUGGGUGUGGGUGUGGGUGCGGGUGCGGGUGCGGGUGUGGAUGCUGGUUUUGGUGUCGCUAUCGGUGCAGGAACCGAAGCCCGUGCCGAAUCGGCGACCGCAAUGUCCGAACUAGGUCACCUGGCACCCGAACAUCUACUCGAGCACGGACUACUACACCCGAUGAUACCCAAGAAGCGAGGGCCUGGUCGGCCGCCCAAGAAUGGAAUCAUGUCCAAGCGAGAACAACGGUUGCUGAAGAAGCAGCAGCAGGAGAUGGCGAAGAAGACACUGCCACAACCAUCGCCGGGAGAGCCACCGCUGAAAAGGAAAGUCGGGAGGCCAAGAAAACACCCGCUCCCCGAAGACGGGAGUGAGCGACAGGAAAAGCGCAAGUACAAACCGAGAAGGUCUAAGGAGGAGGGCGGAGAAGGAUCCGACGCAGAGACUCGGGCGAAGGAGAAGAAAGAUAAGAAGGCCCGCCCCAAGUCACCCCCUUUGGAGCUCAAGAUCGAGGACUAUACCGAGGAACAACUCCAAAAGCCGAACAAGAACUACGGUGUGCUAAUCGACGAGACAUUGACCGCUGCCCAUGCAGAAGGGCGUACCGAAGGUCUUACUCUAAAGCAGAUCUACAAGCGGAUCACCUUGAAGUAUCCGUGGUUCUACUUUCACACAGAGACCAAAGGUUGGGAGUCGAGUGUUCGUCAUAAUCUUAUUGGCAACGACGCGUUCAAAAAGGACGAGACGACCGGCUUGUGGUCGAGAGUACCCGGGGUAGAGCUCGACGCAGGCAAGAAGCGCAAGCAGACAUCUCCCGAUCGCAACGUUCAGGCGGCCUAUACCGCUUACGGGCAUACCAUGUAUCCCCAAUACGCCGGGGCUCCCCACUUGCCGCCUGGUCCACAAGGCUACCAGCCCCAGCAGCCUCAGGGAUACCACAGUCAAGUAUACGGUGCUGCACAACAGCCACAAGGCAGUCGACCACCGCAGUACUCGCCUCCGGCGACAGCUCCCGCACCGGGACAGCCUGCCCAACCCGUGGCACACCCCGUUGCCCCGGCGCAAGUUCCCGGCUACGGACCGUCUCCUGUCCCGCAAGCAUCCACGUACAGCUCUCCGUAUGCAUCAAGACCUCCCCCGACGAACAUCGGGAUCAAGGCAGAAGACGGGACCACGCCGGGAAUGACGCCUGCUGUCCCGUCAGCACAUGCACCCCAGGCCACCGGAACAGCCAUGGUAUCUGCGCCUCCCCACAAUCCGAGCGCCGGGUUACAUCCCGCAUCAGCCGCGACCCGUCUCACGCAGACCCCACCUGUUCAAGCGCAGCCACGCCAUGUCAUCGACCCGCGGUUGUUCCGCUCUGUCGUGGGCCUGAAGAACGGCCUUAUCGAGAAUCUGAAAAAGGCGAAGAACCCCAAAGCCGAGGCUAUCGUGAUGUCUGCCUUGAACCGAUGCCUUGGACUCAAGACGGCGGCGACGGAAAACCCGGCCAUGGAGGAGAUUUGUAUGCGAGGCAUUCAAAAGGUGCUGGACGGCUUCAGCGGCCAGAGCAAGAGCCCCACCCCGGGAGACGCGUCGGCUGCGAAACCGAACACGCCGGGGUCCGUGUUCGACCCCAAGGUACUGAAUGCCUUGGUGGGCUUCAAGAACGUGUCCGUCAACGCGCUCAAGGCGUCCGUCGGCGAAGACAGGGCCGAAGCCGUAGCACUAUCGGCUCUCGAUCGCGUGCUCGGUCUAGCCGAUGCCAGCAUAGUGGCGCCGAGGCCAUCGCCCAAAGAUGGCAGCCCGCCGGAUGGGCCCAAGCAGACGAACCACGAGGUGCUCGAGACGCGUCUCAUGGGCACUGUGAAGCAGUUGCUGUUGGGAUUGCACCAGAAACUGCCAGGAACCUAACGAAGGAGAUCGAUCACGAAGCAUGAGAUGGGCAUGGAGCAUCAAAGCGACCUGGGGGACUAGACUAAAUCGGAACAUGGGAGACAUGGGCCUUUUUGGAGAAGAAGUCUGUGGACAUGGUGUUCUUCUCACCUGUGCUGCAUGCAGACAUAACGGACUUUUAAUGUGUAUGGAUCAUGAAUUCCGAGUAUAAAAGGAGUGGGGAUUUUUGGUUGUAUGUCACCCAUGUUGUGACCCCUAUAAUCACUCUGUAAAAUGGUCUCUUUUACUUCUUC